AGCUCACCGAUCGUAACGCGACGAGGCGCUCAACAGGCCAAAAUACAAACGCGUGCUAUGGUCAAGUCGAAGUCAGCGUCGUCGUCGUCGUCGUCGACAGCGACGUCGCUGAACGCGGCGGCUGGGCCGAACGCCAAUGGAAGCGCCGGCAGCUGUGGGCCGCGCAAAACAAGUCCAGCGCUCCAGGAGGCGAAACGUCGCGCGCGGAACAUGCUGAAAUCGCAGAGCAACGGACUAGGCUCCCAGCUGGAGCCAAUUAUCGAUAUCUUUCAGAAUGCUGUCAAUGCCAAGAGCAUGCAUCGCGGAGCCACAGCGCUCAUCUAUGACGAGUCCAUGAGCGAGCAUUGUUGCCUGUGGGAUAGCACACAUCAGGAGCGGCCCGAACGCUUUACGCGCACCAUGGAGCGGUGCCGCGAACUGAACCUCGUGGAUCGCUGCCUGCAGCUGAAGUCCCGUCUGGCCACCAAGGACGAAAUCCUUAAGCUACACUCAAUAGAGCACUACGAGCGACUGGAGCAGACGUCGGGCGUGCGCAACGAAGAGGCUAUGGAGGAACUGAGCUCCCACUAUGACGCCAUUUACAUACAUCCGUCCACGUUCAAGCUGUCGCUAUUGGCCAGUGGCUCGACCAUUGAGCUGAUCGAUCAGCUGCUGCUGGGUAAGGCACAGAAUGGCAUGGCCAUAAUCCGACCGCCUGGCCAUCAUGCCAUGAAGUCGGAGUUCAAUGGGUAUUGCUACUUCAACAACGUCGCAUUGGCCGCACAGCACGCCCUCGAGGCGCAUCAGCUGCAGCGCAUCCUGAUUAUCGACUACGAUGUGCAUCAUGGCCAGGGCACGCAGCGUUUCUUCUACAAUGAUUCCAGAGUUUUGUAUUUCUCCAUACAUCGCUAUGAGCACGGCAGCUUUUGGCCCAAUCUUCAGGAGUCGGACUACCAUGCCAUCGGCUCCGGUCCCGGCACUGGCUACAACUUCAACGUCCCGCUGAAUGCCAAGGGCAUGGGCAACGGCGAUUACUUGGCCAUCUUCCAGCAGCUGCUGCUGCCGGUGGCCAUGGAAUAUCAGCCCGAGCUGAUCAUUGUCUCCGCUGGCUAUGAUGCCGCCUUGGGCUGCCCGGAGGGCGAGAUGGAGGUGACGCCGGCCUGCUAUCCGCACUUGCUCAAUCCGCUGCUGCAUCUGGCCAAUUGCCGUGUGGCUGUCGUCCUGGAGGGCGGCUACUGUGUCGAGUCGCUGUCCGAGGGCGCCGCCUUGACGCUGCGUGCGCUGCUCGGGGAUCCCUGUCCGCCGCUCGUCGAACGGCUGGAGCUGCCCAGCAUGGAGCUGCGCGAAUCGGUGCUCAACUGCAUCUAUGUGCAUCGACCGUACUGGCGCUGCCUGCAGCUGCAGCAGACCUACACGCCCGCCGACUUGGAGUCGGAGAGCGCGGCAACAGCUCAGUUGCAUCGCGUCAAGCGGAUUUGGCUGGGCGGCCCGCCUCCAGAGCCGGAUCAGCGUUAUCCCACACGCGGCACCUCCGCUCAGCUGCCCGAGGACGUAGUCGCUCGCAAUGCCGCCCGCCUGUCCGUGCUGCGCGCCGAGACGCAGCUGUCGGUGCCAGCGAUACGGGUCUGCUAUGCCUACGAUGCCCAAAUGCUGCAGCACUUCAACUUGCACGACGCCACGCAUCCGGAGCAGCCGAUGCGCAUACGGCAAAUCCAUCAGAUGCACGAUGACUACCAGCUGCUGGGGCGCAUGCAUCAGCUGUCGGCGCGCGCCGCCACCACGGACGAGGUGUGCCUGGCCCAUACGCGGGCCCACGUCAACUCGGUGCGCCGCCUGCUGGGCCGCAGCGUCGAGGAGCUGCAGCAAAUGGGAGCCGGCUACAAUUCGGUGUACCUGCAUCCGCGCACCUUCGAGUGCGCCACCCUCGCCUCCGGCUCGGUGCUGCAGGCUGUCGACAGUGUCCUGCGCGGGCAAUCGCGCAGCGGCAUCUGCAAUGUUCGACCACCCGGCCACCACGCCGAGCCGGAUCAGCCGCACGGCUUCUGCAUAUUCAACAACAUAGCCAUUGCCGCCCAGUAUGCCAUACGGGAAUUCGGCCUGGAGCGCAUCCUGAUUGUCGACUGGGAUGUGCACCACGGCAAUGGCACACAGCACAUCUUCGAGUCGAAUCCCAAGGUGCUCUACAUAAGCAUCCAUCGGUACGAGCACGGCGCCUUCUUUCCCAAGGGUCCAGCGGGCAACUACGACAUGGUGGGCAAGAAUGCGGGGCGUGGCUUCAAUGUGAACAUACCCUGGAACAAGAAGGGCAUGGGAGAUCUGGAGUACGCGCUGGCCUUCCAGCAGCUCAUCCUGCCCAUUGCGUACGAGUUCAAUCCGCAGCUGGUGCUCGUCUCGGCCGGCUUCGAUGCGGCCAUCGGUGAUCCUCUGGGUGGCUGCAAGGUGACGCCCGAAGGCUACGGCCUCUUCACCCAUUGGCUGUCCGCGUUGGCCGGCGGCCGGAUCAUAGUGUGCCUGGAGGGUGGCUACAACGUCAAUUCCAUAUCGUAUGCCAUGACCAUGUGCACCAAGACGCUGCUGGGUGAUCCGGUGCCGACGCCCCAGUUCAUCCCAGCCGCCCAGCGAUCGGCCACGGUGGCCUUCCAGAGCUGCGUGGAAACGCUGCAGCUGUGCGUGGAGCAGCAGCAUCAGUAUUGGAAGUCCUUGGUCUUUGGCUGCAAGCUGCCGCAGUGUGUGCUGGGCGAGAAUAAUAACGAGGAUUUUCUUGCUGCUACAAUGAGUCAGCUAAGCAUCUCAAAUGACAAUGCACUGGGCGCAGUCGGCGGCGAUGCCAGCCAACAGCCCGAUCCCGGCCAGGAUCGGCCCAGUGGCAGCAAGCCCAAAGUCAAGGUAAAAACGCUCACCGAGUUUAUGGCCGAGCACAAGGAGGCGCUCGAGCAGCAGGAAAUGUUUGCCAUUUAUCCGCUCAAAAGCUGUCCACACUUGAGCCAGUUGCGCCCGGAGCAGGCGCCCAAAUCAAUAAACACGAGCGGCGCAUGCGGCGACUGCGGCUCAACGGUGGAGAAUUGGAUGUGCCUGAGCUGCCAGAGCAUCGGCUGCGGUCGCUACAUCAAUGAGCACAUGGAGCAGCAUUGCCGGCGCGCACAGCAUCCGCUGGUGCUGAGCUUCAGCGAUUUGUCCGUGUGGUGCUACGAGUGCAACAACUACAUCGACCAUCCGCUGCUCUAUGUCUAUCAGAAUCUGGCGCACGUGGACAAGUUUAAGGAGCCAAUGCCCUGGACGCACGGCUGCCAGCAGCGCACCGAUGGCUGCUACCCGAUCCAACUGGAUGCAGCUGGCAGCAACAAGCAGAACAACAACAACAACAACAACAAUCAUGGGGCCAGCGGCUGCAGCUCCAAUGCGAACACCAACAAUGACGACGACAGCGGCAGUGGCAGUGGCAGUGGCAGUGACGGUGUCAGCUACUACAUUCAAUUGGAGCGAAAUAACUGACAUUUGGUGGUGCGUGUGCUGGACGCCAUUACGGAUUACAUGUGCACGCUCUGUCCGCCCCUGCGACACGUCUUGCAGCUGUUCAUGGAACACAUGUGGCCGCUGCUGGAGCGCAUUUACCUCAAGCUGAUCCAAUACUUCCUCACCCAAUGAGGCAGCCGUCAGCCAUGACAACUACAAGCAGCAAGCAGCAUUUUGUAGCCUGUAGUCCGCAUCCAGCUCAGAGUACCU